UCCUUGCCGGUACUACUAAGAAUUCACUUCCGGUCACAUCGUCCUCUCAUCUUCACAACAAUGGGGAGUGUUUUGGCUGCCAGCUCCCCCAGCCCACAGCCACCAUCACCAGGCGUGGCUCCACCUAUGUUGACAGUACCAUCAGGUUUUGGGAUGCCUUCAGUGUCCCCGGUAUCACCCUCAACUGGGGUGAGUCCAGUGCCGCCACAGGAAGAGGAAAGUGCUCUACCCAAUCCUGGUACAUUUGAUGAAUGUCACCGCAAGUGCAAAGAGGUGUUUCCCAUGCAGAUGGACGGCGUCAGGCUCGUCGUUAACAAGGGACUUAGUAACCACUUCCAGGUGAAUCACACUGUGCUGCUGAGCACUUUGGGGGAUUCCAGCUACCGCUUUGGAGCCACAUACAUUGGAGUCAAGCAGACGGGUCCAGCAGAGUUUUUCCCAGUCAUGGUGGGAGACAUGGACAACGUGGGCAGCCUCAACGCUCAGGUCAUCCACCAGAUCAGCAGCAGGAUACGUUCCAAAGUGGCCUUACAGACACAGCAGCAUAAGUUCGUCAACUGGCAAGGCGACGCCGAGUUCAAGGGGAAAGAUUUUACCGCAACCGUCACGCUCGGAAAUCCCGACAUGCUCGUCGGCUCCGGAGUGGUGAUCACACAUUACCUCCAGUCCAUCUCACCUGCUCUGGCUCUGGGAGGGGAGCUGGUGUACCACCGCAGGCCGUCAGAGGAGGGCGCUGUGAUGUCUCUAGUCGGCAGGUACACAGGCACCAACUACAUCGCCACGCUGACGCUGGGCUCGGCGGGCGCUCACGCCUCCUACUACCACAAAGCCAACGAGCAGUUGCAGCUCGGUGUGGAGUUUGAGGCAAGUGCCCGCAUGCAAGAUACCAGUGUGUCCUUUGGCUACCAGCUAGAUAUGCCUAAAGCCAAUUUACAGUUUAAAGCAUCUACAUUCUUUUUGACGGAUUCCCUUCCAAGAGCGUCAGCCAUGAAGCUUCUCUUAAUUCUGCUUUUGGCUCUUUUGUCUGGUUGCCAUGGCAACGUGGUGCCACACAAGCAGUCCAAGGCGCAGGUGGACCUGGUGAAAGAGGCUUUCUGGGACUACGUCGCCAAGGCAACCACGACUGCUGAAGACACCCUGAAGCUCAUCAGGCAGUCUGAGCUCGGCAAGGAAGUCAACACUCUGAUCUCUGAGAGCACGGCGGUCAUCAGCCAGGCUGUGCACUCUCAGCUCAGACACGACUUCACUUCUGGCUUCUUGGAGCAAGCCCAGCGGCUGAAGGUCCGCCUGGAGAAGGACGUGGCGGACAUGAGCGCCGACCUGCGGCCGUACGCCGACGAGGUGGCGACGCACGUCCGGCAGCAGGUGGAGGAGCUGAAGAAGGAGGCCUCCGCCUACGCCCAGACCUUGGACUCGCAGGCCCUGAAGUCCGCCGUGCUGAGGAAGAGCCAGGAGCUGAAGGAACACCUGGACCAGAAGGCGGACAAACUCCAGACCAAGAUGGUUCCUUACGGUGAAGAACUGAAGCAGAAGAUGGAGACCAGCCUGGAGGUCUACGGGGAGGAGCUGAGGGCCAAGAUGGACGUGGACGCUCAGAACCUGAAGGAGCAGCUGGUUGCUCUCUGGAAUUCCUUCGCCAAGCUGACACAAUAACACCGUCAUCCUCAUCUUCACAUGGACUUAUCAACAACACCCGGUGACACUUUGAAACAAUAAAUCUUUCC